GAAGCAGGGAAUUGCAGCGCGCUCUGCGCUCUAGUCACAUUUGGCAAAUCGCCUUGGCUACAGCGGUAUGCGCUCCUUGUCACCGUCGAGCUUUAUCUAUCGUCUCACACCGAUGAAAUUGGGCUCUCUAUGUUGCUACUACUGUGAACUGACAGACGACUUAAUGACAUGUAUUAUUUUCAUUGUCAAAUAUUCUAGGCCUACGUUUGAAGAGUUGUCUGUAUUCUAAUACGUAGAAUUCAAUAUAACCGCGAACAAGAGCAGAACAUUCACUUCCGACGGGAGAAGCAGUCUCUUCAGUUCUCAAGCCAAAUGGUGAUUUCUUCUGAGGUACCAAGGCCAGGGCCGUGGAGGGAUGCCCGGGGUGGAGUGUAGGACUGUGGGAGCCCCGUGUGGUAGGAGGAGGCCCCUAACCAUGAAGCUGCCCUGCUCCCUCUACUGCUCCCUGUGGCUCCUGCUGCUGCUGGUGGCCGGCUCCCUGCUGCUCCUCGUGCACCUGCAGGACGUGUCUGAGAUGCUGCAGCACACCGCAGGUCAGCACAUGGCAGGUGCAAAGUUUGUGGGGGCUCCGAGAUGGCCAGUUCAGAAGGACCAGGAUGGUGAUCGAGCAGGGAAGGAAAGAUCUGACCCUGGCUGGGGUGGCAUCAGAGAUGGACCAGAGGUGGGGACCAGACCCUCCAUGCCUCCCCUCCCCAGACAACCCACUGCCUCCCAGCUGCUGCCUGGCCCAUCCGUCUUAAACUCUGAAGACACAAAACUACCCAUCACCAAACGCCACAGGAAGCUGCUGCUAAAGAGCGGCUCCCCUUCAGGGGAGGAAGAUCCACAGCAGCAGGCUCUGUCCCGGAGCCAGGAGAGCCGUCGACAGCUCCUGCGGGAGGUGUGUGCUCAGUACCAUCCCAGCGUGACCGAGGCGUCUAGCCGGCAGGUGGCACGGGUGUUUGUGGAGGACAGGUCCGGCCUGCUGUACUGUGAGGUUCCCAAAGCCGGCUGUUCCAACUGGAAGCGUGUUCUGAUGGUGCUGGACGGCAGCGCCUCCUCCACCCACGGCAUCGCCCACGACGACGCUCACUACGCCAACCGUCUGCGUCGGCUGGACGCGUACGACACUGCGGGCAUCGCUCAGAGGCUCCGCCUCUACACCAAGGUGCUGUUUGUCCGCGAGCCCUUUGAGCGCCUGGUGUCGGCGUUCAGGGACAAGUUCGAGAGCCCCAACUCCUACUACCACCCCGUGUUUGGCCGGCCAAUCAUCUCGCGGUACCGUGCCAAUGCGACCCGCGCCGCUCUGAGGACGGGCACCGGGGUGACCUUCCGGGAGUUUGUCCAGUACCUGCUGGACGUGCGGAGGCCGGUGGGCAUGGACAUCCACUGGGAGCCCGUGAGCCAGCUGUGCAGCCCCUGCCUGCUCAAGUACGACUUCAUCGGGAAGUUCGAGAGCCUUCAGGACGAGGCUAACUUCUUGCUGCGUCGUGUCGGAGCACCCAGCAACCUCACCUUCCCCCAUUUCAAAGACAGGAACCCUGAUGCGGAGAGAACUUCCACCAGAAUUACCCAGCGCUACUUUGCACAGUUGAACUCGAGCGAGAGGCAGAGGGCCUAUGACUUCUAUUACAUGGACUAUCUGAUGUUCAACUACCCGAAACCCUUCAUAGAUCUGUACUGAAGACUUGGGUUGCCAGGUUUGAGAUUGUUGACAUUUCUGUGGAGAGAUUAUCCUGUGGGCCUUGAACAGACACAUUCAAUGUUUUAAAUGUUCUUAAUCGUGAUGUUAGACUGUGAUAUAUGCUUGUUUUAUUUGACUGUUUUGAGCAGAGGUCUCAUAACCUUUUAGUUUACUGCUUUUUAAAAUGUUAUUAUUCAAAGGAAAUGCACAAGCUAGUUUACUUGGUCGAUGCACUUGUAUACCACCGUAGGUUGCUGAAGUGGUAUUGAUUGGCAGGCAUUGAUUGGAGCACUCUAUAAUGGUCUCACAUGAACGUGACAGAAAACCUCUAUUAGCAGUCUGACAAUGAAGCACUGUGUCCUUUUGAAACACCACGACUUCUGUGAAGUCAAUUAUAAUGAAGUAAAUUAGUUGUUAAGAAGCUUGUCAAGCCUUGCUGUCCCACAUGCUCUGAAUGCCCUGAAUGUACCCACCCUCAGCCUCUGCUCUGAGCCCCCACCCUCAGCCUCUGCUCUGAGCCCCCACCCUCAGCCUCUGCUCUGAGCCCCCACCCUCAGCCUCUGCUCUGAGCCCCCACCCUCAGCCUCUGCUCUGAGCCCACACCCUACAGACUGCUGCAGUGUGAAGAUAUUGACAUGACAACAACUGGUGCAAUAUGAAGAUAGAUUAUAUAUGACCACACAACGUGACAGUAUGAAUGAUGUUUGUCAAAGUGCAAUUGUAUUAUUAUUAGUUUUGUUUUUGCUUUAUUAAUAUGCCUACCAACAAAGGAAAUUAUAUUUAAAUCUCAUAGUCCUAUCUCAGUCUCAGAGUCCAUGUUUGUUUUUACGCACUUUUGCUGUCAAUAAAUGUUUUAAAACGC